AUUAAGUAUCGCGCAGUUUAAGACUGGAUCUUGAAUAGACAGCCACCCCCACCAUGAAGCUGACAGUUGUCUUCACGCUUGUCACCCUGGCGCUUUGCUGCUACUCAGCUUCUGCUGUCCUGGGCGUGGCUGGCAGUCUUGUGUCAAACCUUGUGCCAGAUGUGGUGCCAAACCGGGUUCCCGUUCCUUUCAGCGUCCUCACUGAUCUGGUUGGAGGGGUACAGGGCUGUGUGAACCAGCUCACCCCCAAAGCGCUAUCUGCUCUUCAUAGGGUGCUGGGUAUACUGAACGUCCUGGGGUAA